AUGAUAUCCCAUGAGUAUUGGGUGGCCUACCAUGAGAAACUGGCUGCCCUUGAUCUCGACACUCACCUGACAUCAUUCAUUCCGCAGGAUUGGGCUCUCAAUGCUGUCGACAUAGCUAGCGAAUGGGUGGAGCAGCAGUUCGCAGCUCAUGUUGCUGGCAGACCCCUUGUUCCUGCUCCUCCGGAACUUGAUCCAGAAACCAUGCUGGCAUGCGGACAACUUGCAUUUGUGCUUGCAGAGGCAUAUCAGCAUCCCAUCAAACUGGAUAUUGAUAUCAUCCGGUACAAUCAGUUCCCUCCCGCUGAGCGCAUUCUGUUGGAUCACCCAUUGGUUGUAAUUGACGCUGGUUGCAGAAUUAUACUUUGGUAUCUGCCAGGUGCACUGAACUGGUCCCUGCAGCGUGAUAUGUUUACUGCCACAGUCGGUAUGGGCAAGCUGUUACAACAAAGCAUGACCACCAGCAAGAUAUCGACCGGAAAGACGACAAAAUGGAGGACAAACACUUCGUACUUUCACCCAUCAAAAGAACCCAGUCUGAUACCCGGGUGUAUCAAUCUUUCGCCUUGCUGGUUUCAACAGGGGCAUGAGUGUCAAGGCCGGCCGCCGCAGAAUCCAUUGGAUGGGUUUAUUCCGGAAGUCUCUUCCACCUUGAAAGGGCGAUAG